AUGGUGUCCCCAGCUGUUACGCAACAGAAGAUUGAAUCGUGGCUUCAACAUUCCGCUGCCGAUAUUAUUCGACAUCUCGACGAGGCUCCUUUUUUCCAUCUCAUAUUCGAUGGCGUCCGUGGCUUCCGAUCUCCCGUUAGACAGCGGCUACCACAGGGCAUUCUAGAUCACGCUGACAGCUGGUCGUCCGUAAGACAAGCAGUCCAGAACGACGAUCCAGAUGGUCUCAUUUUGGUUCAUCGGCUCGAUGAGAGCGAUCUUUCCAAGAGAUACGGUCAGGAAUUGUCCGGAGAGCUAGAUGAGGUGGCACCUCCGUCUAAUCCUUGCCAGACGAACGUGUGGGGGUUGGUGGUGUUGGGAAGAGCCAGCCACCGGCAUGCCUGCUAUAUACUGAAGACGACACGUUGCUCCGCGGCUUCAUCACUAUCAGCGACACGGUUUUCCAUUACAAGAGCCAAGUGCUUUGGCGCUUCCGUGCACAAGCAGCUGGAGCAGGCAUGGUUGAACAACUAG